CAAAGCCACAGAAAACCAGUACCAUGCAUUUUUAAUCAGGUGGCUUCUGAGGUCGCCUUCUCCAUUCAAGGAUGUAAAUUAUGUGCAAGAACUGUGGGUUGAAAACUGAACCAAAGUGAUAGAAAGAAAAUGUCAUUAUCUCACGACAGGAAGGCUGUGAUUUUAUUACAUUGAUCUGUAAUUCUCAUUUCCAAUAAGUGAUGCGAGACACAGCGCCAGAACUCACCGCUCCAUGCAGCCGAUGGGGGCUCGUCCGGGAUAAUCGCUAUUUCUUUAAAAAUGAGUAGAAAAUAAAUAUUUUACAUAAACAGAAACCUUGACGAUUCUCUGGACUGGACAGCACGGCAUAAUUUCUUUAUUGGAUCAUCAAAACUUAAAGCAUGAGUAUGUGGACAUGGUUGAGUGUUUUGUCUGGGUUUGUGAGUUUAUCCUGUGAAGCUGUGCGGAGCUGUGAAGAGUUACAAUGCGAUGAAGAUCAGCGAUGCUGCACUCAGGAGAAUAACACAACGGUCCACUGCUGCAAACUCCCUCAGCACACUUUCCUGGGCAACCUGGACUGGAUCGUCCGGAAGCUUUCGGGUCUCCUGAUUCUGUUGCUUCUCUUCUUGGUGGGUUACUUCAUUCAGCGGGUCGUGUGUCCGCGUCCCCGUCGCCAAAAUCCAGAGGAGCCAUCACUCCUGCACGGACAUGAAUCCCAGGACUCUCUCACGGGAGAAUUCAGCUCCCCGGUACUGCAGCUCCCCACAUAUGAGGAGGUGAAAGAUCUGCCCACAUAUGAGGAGAUCAUGAUGGAGGUAAAUGGAAAUUAUAUGGACACAAAUACAGGAGCACCGGAGGACAGAUGAGAAAUCUCCAACACAUCUAAAAGAGCCUGAACCUCUCUGGAACACAUACACACACAUGCGCGCUGAUUUUUGUUUGUGGAGCAGCUAAUGUGUUAAAUUAUUCACUAGCACUUUUAAACAAUUACCUUUUUCCUUAUUGUUUAAUAACAACUACUGGAUAGUUCUGUUGAAUGCGUACCAACAUUAAGUUGUUGUUAAUAUUGAUCUGGAAUUAAAGCUUAUAAUAGUGCUGAUUGAUAGUGCUUUAUUAUUUCUGCAGAAUCUGAGCUCCAGCCACUUAAA